AUGAGUAUGAGGGCUGGACACAAGGACAUCUUUGCUAUCCUAUCUGCUAUUAUGAUGUCUGUAGUCAUGGCAGACUAUUGCGUCUACGAGAUGUGUACGUGUGACGACGGCUUCGUCGACUGCACCAGUCGAGGGUUGACAGCCAUCCCUCCCUUGGGACCACCUGGAGUAGAGCCAGUCACAUACAUCCAGUUUAAUGGCAACCAGAUUACAUCAAUACCCGCAGGAAGUCUCCCAGCUGGGCUUACACAGCUCACUUUCAACGACAACCCUAUACAGACCAUAGACGACGAUGCCUUCAUUGACUCUGCAUCUACUCUACAAACUCUGGCUCUUACUUUAGUUCCACAUUCAAGAAUUCCCGAUGCUCUGCUGAAAUUAAAGAGUCUUACCUUCUUUGAACUCUACAACACCGACGUUGGUGAUUGGAAUGAAGAGGUGAUGAAGUAUCUGGCACCAAAACUACAGUCGAUAUCUUUGGGCAAUGUCAGUGUACACACAUGGCCUGACUGGUUUCAGUACUGCAACCAAGUGACCGAGUUGACGCUCGAUAGCAGUAACAUUACAUCUAUACCGGACAAUGGACUGGACGGUAUGGCCAGUAGUUUAAUGAGCCUGUCUCUUUAUAACAACAACUUAACUUCUGUCCCCAAAGCGAUUUCCAAAUUAGUCAAUAUCACGGAUUUGUAUGUAGACAGCAACAAGAUAACAGACCUUACCUGGUUGCCAAAAAAUGCCAGACUGGAUACGCUAGGUUUAAGUAAUAAUAAAAUCUCCAAUGGAACUCAUUUAAGUAACGCUCUGAAGCCUUUCGGAGAAUUUCUGAGCGACCUUGAUUUGGUAGGCAAUGAGCUGACGGCAAUUCCUGAUUUACAUUUCUUGACAAUUAACGGUGUUGAAUUAUCCUUCAAUAAGAUUUAUGAUCUAAAUGCAGGAUCUCUGCAACCUGCUCUUCACGGGUUGACUCUGGGGUACAAUCUUCUAACUUCAAUUCCAAGCGUGGUUUUUCGUGUCCAAUCUCUGCGCUCGUUACUGAUGCCGUCAAACUUAGUAACCCGUGUGCAAGCAUCGUUAAUUCCUGCGACAUUGACGUAUCUUGAUCUCCAACACAAUCUACUUACUGAACUAGCAGACACGAGUUUUCCAGAAAAUUCCAGCCUAAUUUAUUUGUACCUGAAUAAUAAUCCUCUAACGACAAUAUCCGAACACGCCUUUGCUAAUCUUGUUCAGCUAGAAGAGCUCCACUUGGGUGGUACAAGACUGACUCGCCUACCGCUCAGUCUGUCAUCGCUCCACAAUUUAACUACAUUUGAUGUCAGCGACAUUACUCGUCUUGUCUGCACCUGCCUGGAGAAAGAUUUAGGGCCCUGGAUCAAGUCCUUGACGGCAGAAAAAGUUUUAGGAACAUGCGGCCUAAUGAGUGUGUACGACUUUUUCUCUUUGCUAAGCCCGGGCUGUCCGAAUUAA